AUGCUACUUCGCCCAAUCACAAGGUCGAUAGCAUUCGUCAGACCUACAAGGAGCAUUCUAUCUGCCACGCCCAAGCGCCUCUUCGCUGCGCGUACCUCCAUCACCCCGCCUUUCAAGCCAGCGUCCUCUAAGGACUUCAUCCGAUCUCGUACGAUGUGCUUCUGUCACUCCGGAGUCGAGGGCGCCGAGCCCAUGUCGGGCGGCGCUUCCGCGUCUGCAUCCGAGAUGAAGCCGGUCGACUAUCGCUUGCCAACAGAUGUCGUGCCUAAGCAUUAUGAUAUUGCCGUAAAGACCGAUCUCCUGUCCUCCCCACCCUCUUUCUCCGGCGAAGCUAUCAUCACCCUCGAUAUCACCUCGGAUACCUCAACUCUUGUCUUCAACGCACACAAGGCACUCAACAUCACUCACGUCGCCAUCUCGUCCAACGACCUCAAGACCAGCUCCACCGUCGUUAUUCCAGUGGACCAGCUCACUUUCGAUGAGGAGCAAGAGCGGGGCAAGAUUGACUUGAGCAAGUUGCCGGGCGGGGGAUUGAAGGCAGGGAGCAAGGGGGUCAAGGUGUGGAUGCGAUUCGAGGAUGAGCUCAAGGGGAACAUGGUGGGGUACUACAAGAGUGAGGGGUCGACGGAUGAGGCGACUGGAAAGAAGCAAAUCUAUGCUUUGACCCAAUUCGAACCCACAGCUGCGCGAAAGGCCUUCCCGUGCUGGGACGAGCCGCUUGUCAAGUCGACCUUCUCUCUCUCCAUGAUCGCCCGCGAGGAGAACACCGUCCUUGCCAACAUGCCAGAGGUCUCGUCCAACCCAUGGAAGCCCCAAUCCGGCGCCUCACCGGAAGGCGCUCUUUCGGACAGCUACGAGCUCGGCUCACUCCUUGCUGGCGGCUCCUCCAGCGGGAAGACCGAGUCUUCGGAGGGCCAAUGGAAGAUUGCCAAGUUCGAAAAGACCCCUCCCAUGUCGACCUACCUCGUCGCGUACGCAUGCGGUGAAUUCGCCUCGCUUCACUCGGAACACAAGUCUAAACUUACCGGUAAAACCAUCCCCCUCCGCAUCUUUGCCACCCACGACCAGAUCAAGCAGGCGCAAUUCGGUCUCGAUAUCAAAAAGUGGGCACUGCCAGUGUACGAGGAGAUCUUUGACAUCCCUUACGCUCUGCCCAAGCUGGACACGCUCGUCGCGCACGACUUUGACGCCGGCGCGAUGGAGAACUGGGGUCUCAUCACCGGGCGGACGACGGCGUACUUGUACGACCCGGAGAAGAGCUCUUUGACGGCCAAGAAGAGGGUCGCUACUGUCCAGUGCCACGAGCUCGCCCACAUGUGGUUCGGCGACAUCGUCACCAUGAAGUGGUGGGACAACCUCUGGCUUAACGAGGCCUUUGCUACCCUCAUGGGUGAGCUGGUCAUCCCGGACCGGAUCUGGCCGGAAUGGCACGUCCGCGCCGCCUUCCUCAACGACCAUCUUACGGCCGCGCUGUCGCUCGACUCGCAGCGGUCGUCCCACCCCAUCGAGGUCGACUGCCCGGAUGCCAACUCGGUCAACCAGAUCUUUGACAGUAUCUCGUACUCCAAGGGUGCGUCGGUGCUUCGCAUGAUCUCGGCGGUGGUCGGCGAGGACAAGUUCCUCAAGGGUGUCAGUAUCUACCUGAAGAAGCACCUUUACGGGAAUGCCGAGACUAAGGAUCUCUGGGCGGGUGUCUCGGAGGCAUCAGGGAUGGAUGUUGCUUCGAUUAUGGCAAACUGGACCCUCAAGGUCGGCUUCCCCGUCAUCUCGGUCGACGAGCAGGGAGACGGCAAGAUCAAGGUCACCCAGAACCGCUUCCUCUCCACUGGCGACGUCAAGCCCGAGGAGGACGAGACCCUCUGGUGGGUACCCCUCGAGGUCAAGACCCUCUCUGGCGGUAAAUCGUCCAUCGACCACAAGGCGGUCCUCAGCGAGCGGAGCACCACCAUUGACGUCGGCAAGGCGGACAACUUUAAGCUCAACGCCGAGACUGUCGGUGUCUACCGCGUCAAGUACUCUCCGGAAAGGCUCACCAAGCUCGGAAAGGACGCUGCCCAGUUCAGCAUCGAGGACCGGGUCGGUCUUAUUGCGGACGCCACUACCCUGGCUCGGGCCGGCUACGCCAAGACGUCGGGCUCGCUCAACCUCGUCGCUGAGCUCAGCAAGACGGAGAAGGAGUUCCUUCCCCUGUCGCAGAUUGGCGGUGCGCUCGGCCGGCUCAGCGCUGUCUGGUGGGAACAGCCAGAGCACAUUCGGAACGCUAUCAAUAAGCUCCGGCUGGACGUCUUCCGCCCGAUCGUUGAUCGGAUGGGGUACGAGCACGGUGCGGACGACACGCCGGACGUCAAGGAGCUCCGGGAGCUCGCAGUGUCGACUGCUGCUGCAGCUGAGGACGCUGCAGUGCUCAAGGAGCUGAGGGACCGCUUCGAGCCGUUCCUUGCCAACAAUGACGACUCGCGUAUCCCGCCGGAUCUCCAGAGGAGCAUCUACGUCAAUGCCGUCCGGCACGGCGGGGAGAAGGAGUAUGAGAAGAUGCUCGAGGUGUUCAAGAAGCCGGCAAACCCUAGUACCAAGGUGGACGCGAUGUACGCGCUCUGCUCGGCUAAGGACAAGGCGUUGCUUGAGAGGACGUUCAAGAUGCUGGAUGAUGGCAGUGUUAAGGAUCAAGAUAUCUACAUCUUCGCUUUCGGUCUUGCCCAGAACAGGCACUCGAGGAGGGACAUGACCGCUUGGUUCAAGGAGCACUAUGACGAGCUCGUCAAGCGCUUCGCAGACAGCUACGGUAUCAGCCACCUCAUCAAGGGCUCGUUCAACUCGCUCACUAGCUACGACGACCUCAAGGAUGCCAAGGCAUUCUUCGCCGACAAGGACGUCCGGAAGUUCAAAUUGUCUGUAUCGCAGACGUAUGACUCCAUGCAGGCCGCUGCGGACUGGCUUGCGCGUGACUCGAAGGAUGUGGAGCAGUGGUUGAAGGAGAACAAGUACCUCUGA